AUGGCAAACACAUCCACUUCACAACCUAACAAAUGGUUGGUUGUCUAUAACUCCAUUUCUGCGUCAUUAUGGUCAAUUGUGUUUUUCAACACUGUGUUCCUCGCAUCUUCAUUGGGUCAACCUUUUGUUUUCGAGAAAACAAACUACCUCAACACCUGGAUUCAAACAUUGGCCAUUGUUGAAAUCUUCAAUUCGCUCUUGGGUCUCGUAAAGUCUCCAUUGUUUACCACUGUAACACAAGUGUUUUCACGUUUGUUGCUUGUCUGGGGUAUUCACCAGUACUUGCCAUUUUCACCAGCAAACUACCACUGGUGCUACAUUACCUUAUGUUUGAGCUGGUCCAUCACAGAAAUCAUCAGGUACUCAUACUAUGCACAAAAUUUGAGGGGACUGGUGCCACAUUGGUUGACAUGGUUGCGCUACACAACUUUUUACGUCUUGUACCCAACUGGUGUGUUUAGUGAGGUUUACCAAAUAAUCUUGUCCUUGCCAACUGCCGGCUUCUAUUAUGGCUGGUUUUUAAGAGUUAUUUUGGUGACUUAUAUUCCUGGAUUCUACAUGUUGUACACCUACAUGAUUAAACAAAGAAAGAAGGUAUUGGGACCAAAAAAAGUGAAGAAGAAUUAG